AUGGGUGUGUUACGAAAAAGUUUUCACGAGAUUGUAGCCUCCCCAUAUGCGUCCACUUCCGUCCCCUAUAUCUCCCCCGCCCCCUCCCCCGUCCUCCGAGUUCGUCUUUCUCCUCCCUUUGCCUUUCCCGAUGAUAUUUCCCUCUCCCCGUACCAGAUCUUCUGUUUAUUGUCGUGCGCUGCUAUCGUGGCUGCUGCUUCUAACGCGCCUUCUCUCACCGAAUCGCCCUCCACGCCAUCCACUUCUAUCGAGUCUGCUUAUAACGCAGCUGAUCAUCCCAGAGAUCUUCCUGUAUGCCCCACCCCCCCUUCGCCCCAUCCCCCCUUCGCCCCAUCCCCCCUUCGCCCCAUUCUCCCUUCGCUGCUCUCCCCCUACGCCCCACUCCCUCCCCCCCUUCCUCCUUGGUGCCCCCCUCUCGCCCUCAUUCUCUCAGAAGCUUCUCCGACGCCCAAAAGAACCUUCUCCGAACUUUCAUCCGCUCCUUCAGCAGCACUGAAGGCACAGGUGAGAGAGUUGUUCAAGGCAGCAGCACUGAAGGCACAGGUGAGAGAGUUGUUCAAGGCAGCAGCACUGAAGGCACAGGUGAGAGAGUUGUUCAAGGCAGCAGCACUGAAGGCACAGGUGAGAGAGUUGUUCAAGGCAGCAGCACUGAAGGCACAGGUGAGAGAGUUGUUCAAGGCAGCAGCACUGAAGGCACAGGUGAGAGAGUUGUUCAAGGCAGCAGCACUGAAGGCACAGUCUCUAACUGGUGGCGAACCAACAACCUCUAUUAUGACUGCAAUGGCCGCUACGUCUCCUCCUCUGUCCGCCUGCCCAAAGGAGCACCACUCGCUGACUGGUGGCGAACCAACCAACACCUCUAUUACGACUGCAACGGCCGCCCUGUCUCCUCCCUCCUCUGUAAUCUUAGCAAAGGAGCACCACGGACCAGCACGUGGGCAAAGGAAAACUGCGUCUUUUUCUCCCUCUCCUCCCCCAACAGUCGCUGACUGGUGGCGAACCAACACUUUGUAUUACGACUGCUAUGGCCGCUACGUCUCCUCCUCUGUGAGGCGCCCCCUCAAGCUGCUGUUUGGGCUCAAGUCGAUUCGCCGGGUGGUGAAGACGCGGGUGAAGGCUGGCUCGUUUCCCCUUGACGAGGAUGGAGUGUACUUUGUGAUUGGCGAUGGGAGCGUUGCUCAGCUAGGGCGCCAUGUGCAGUGCUCCUCACUUCCUCCUAUGUUUAUCCCCUCACCUCUCCUCACCUCACAUAGCUUCCCCCCCAAACAGAGGGACAAUGAGGGCGCCAUGUGCAGCACUUACUGCGGGUGGCACGACUUUCGGGACAAUGAAGGAGCCAUGUGCAGCGCUUACUGCGGGUGGCACGACUUUGUGCGGAUUCGAAAGAAGCUUAUCAAAGUGGCUUAUGUGGGUAGCCCUGUCAAGUGCCCCAGCAGCUGCUGGCUCGCUGCCUUUGCAUUCAACGACAGCCCCAACAGCGAUAAGUCGUUCGACUCGCUGCUCUCCACCUUCGCGCACGAGCUGGCAGAGGCGACGAGUGACCCGUAUGUGACCAAUUGUGGGGUGGGGGGAGUGGGGUGGGAAGACGCGGUUCGAUUUGACUCGCUGCUCUUCACCUUCGCGCACGAGCUGGCAGAGGCGACGUGUGAUUCGUAUGUGCUGAAUUGGUACGACGCUGCUGAGCUGGGCAGGAGAACGCCGACCUAUGCGCCUGGAAGUGAGUAA